AUAAUUGUAGGUAUUGGUAAUAUUAUAAAUAAAAAGAUGAAAACUAUUCUUUUCGUUGCCGUCGUGCUAGCUUUCGCUUGCGCUCUCCCAUCAUUCAAUGCCAAGAUAGAAGAGCCAAUCAAGUUUGAUGUUGAUCUUUUCGAAGAAUCACCAAUCUCUUUCGCCAUGAAGGGACAAGUAAACCCACUCAACGAUCAGCAGAACAAGAUCGAGACCUUUGUAAGACUCGCUGGAGAAUACAUCCCAAUCCUCGAAGCCAUUGCUGAUAAGCAAGGAUCUCUCACUUGGGAAAGAACUUGGGGUGUCAACGUUGCCGGAUUCAACGUACUCUUGGAUGUAUACUUCCAACUUAUUGUCGGAUGGAGAGUCCAACCAGGAAGCGCUCUCGCUGGAAGAUUUGAUGUAGUAUACACCCCAUUCGCCUGGGGACAGACCUGGGGAAGAGUCAACGGAACCACCUGGCCAGCUGAAGGAUCUGCUAUUGCCGUCCUAAACUACCUCGAUUUCACUGCUCCAAUCUCUUUCUCUCUUUUCCAAACCGGAAAGGUCUGCUUCAAUGGAGGAUAUAACUUAGAGCCAGUCACCUUCCUCAAUAACCUCUUCGUGACCCUCAGAGAGUGCAGAGAUGAGAUCCUUGACGACCUUAUCAACAGCCAGCCAAUCUUCGUAUGGACUUGCAACUGGGUUGCUCCAGUCAACGCUACCUUGUUCGAUCUUCACUUGUACGAGGGCUUCUCUGGAAACCUCAUCAGUGAGCAGUGCAUCACUUUCUAAAUCUUAUUUUUAGUUGGAGAAUUUGUACCAGGAAAGAAUCAAUCUAGUU